GUACCACACCACAAGUGACAGAACAGAAGCAAAUUGUUCUGUGGUUGUACAGUGGAAUGAGUGAUGAGUGAUUCGUGCAUUUUCUGAUGUGAUUGAAUAUUAAUGAAUAUUGUGAAGAGUUGGAAAGGGAAAAACAACAUUUUUAAAAAACGUUCAUGUGAUGUAUUUUUAUUUUUUUUUAUCGUCGAUAGUGAAUAAGUGUAAAAAUUUCUUUUUCUAAUCAUGACAACCGAGCAAAAAUUUAACGCAGCUGUGAAUGUAAUAAGAAGUUUACCAAAAAAUGGAUCCUAUCAGCCCAGCAAUGAGUUGAUGUUGAGGUUUUAUGCUUACUUCAAGCAAGGUACUCUUGGGGAUUGUCAAGGUUCUCGGCCAGCAUUUUGGGAUGUUGUUGGAAGAGCCAAGUAUGAUGCAUGGAAGGCCCUUCAAGGAAUGUCUAAAGAAGAGUCUAUGGCCAAAUAUGUUGACGAACUUCAUUCGAUUGUUGAAACAAUGAGCUACUCAGACAAGGUAGCAAAUUUCUUGGAAGCCCCCACAGACGAAUUAGAUUCAAUCAAUAUAGAUGAUUUGCAGUUAGUGGCUGGAGAUGUGAUAGAAAGAGUUAGGUCACUCCCUAAUUCACCUUUGGGUAGGUAAAAUGACAAUUAUAUC